UGAGGGGGACAACCAGUAAGUAGCAAUUAUGACACUGUGGUGAGCAACGUUUCAUUUGGUGUUGUUCUUGGAUGUUCUAGUCUUUAAAGUCACCAUGCACGGCCCGCUCUCAGAAGACAUCUGUCUUCUGCAGCAGGGAGGGUUUAGUAAACUGCAUCUUAGUACUUCAGAGAAGUUUGACAUUGGGCUUUACGUCUAUCAUUUUGUAAUAAGAACAAGCGUUACAAAUAACAUUUGAUUCAGCAAGUUGUGUGUCUUCUUAGAAAAUAUAUGGCAGAUAACAGCUCAUUGGUUGGUGGUAAGUCCUUGCGACGGCAGAUCAAUGACCAGGUCAUUAUUGUGCAAAUCCUUGUAGUAAUUUUUCUUUGCAUCAACUUUUUGCUCAUUGUGCCCUUUUUUAAAAAGGAGUGCUUCUACACAACUACACGCUACAUCUUAUUUGCUGUUACACUUCUGUCUGAUAGCUUGAUAUUAUUAGUGACUGAUAUUCUGCUUAUCUUGAGCUACUUCCAGUUUACAAUGCCACUUGGGAUGUGUAUUAUUCUUUGUUUUACAUUAUAUCUCUACUUUGUAGUCACUCCAGUUACUCUGACAGCAAUGACUCUGGAGCGAUAUGUGGCCAUCUGCAUGCCCCUGCGGCAUGCAGAGCUGUGCUCCACACGCAGCACUAUGCAUUGCAUCCUCAUCAUUCACGGCCUCAGCUUUGUACCCUGCAUUGUUAUUCUCUCCACUUUAUUUUCAUCAGUCUCCAUUAGCUUCUACACACAAUUCAAAAUAUGCUCUAUAGAGAUCUUCCUGGUUCACGCAUGGCAGGAUCAUCUUAGGUCAGCAAUAAAUCAGUUUUACUUCUUGAUCAUGUGUAUCAUCAUUUUAUUCUCAUAUGUUAAAAUAAUGAAAGUGGCCAAAGCUGCAUCAGGAGAGAAUAAAAAGUCAACAUGGAAAGGGCUGAGAACAGUAAUUCUUCAUGGUUUCCAGCUGCUCCUCUGUCUCAUCCAGCUGUGGUGUCCAUUCAUAGAAACUGCUGUACUUCAAACUGAUUUCAUGUUGUUCGUUCAAGUCAGGUACUUUAAUUACAUGAUGUUUGGUCUUGUUCCAAGAUGUCUCAGUCCUCUCAUUUAUGGCCUUAGGGAUGAAAAGUUUUUUCUUGAACUGAAAAGCUAUGUAUUUUUUGGCUUGUAUAAAAGAAAUUACUGAGAAUGGCCUCAAUUCAAUGUUCUAUGUCUGAAAAUAAAAUAUUUUUACACUA